UUCUGAAUCUUAUUUUAACCACAUUUCACGUUGUUAUCUCUAGUUAACAACUUUUUUUGGGGUUAAGUGAUUGUGUAUCAACUUUAACCAUAUUUGUCAUUGUUUAGUGUUAACAAACGCAGUCAGCUGUUUGGUGACAAUUAUUUUUGUGGUUAAGCUAACAGCAUCUAGUUUUUCUUUGUUAAGCUGUUGUUUACUAAUUUUGCUGUGAAGUUAAAUUGAGAAAAUUGUGAAGAUUGUGUUAAAAAAUGGCAUUUGCAUACAUUGCAUCAUAUUUAUAUGAUACCGAUAAUGAGCAGCCAUUAAACGUGCCAAGAAUUGACCGGCGUAGGCUUCGCGAAAUCGAUAACCCUUUCGAACUAACGUUAACGGAGUUCCGGAGGCUAUAUAGACUCAGUCCCGGCAUGGUUGAAAAUUUGGUGUCUCAACUUGACAAUCAAUUAAGAGGAUCGCGAAUAACAGCGUUAUCGACUGAAAAGCAGGUUCUAGCUGCUCUACGGUUUUAUGCCACUGGAUGCUAUCAACGCCCAGUAGGUGAACAGUGGGGCAUAUCCAUGAGCCAAACAUCGAUAAGCCGUUGCAUACACCGUGUGACUGACGCAAUCAACAAUUCAAUGUUUACCUCCAAAGUGAAGUUCCCUAUGACGCAACUGGAGUGCCAAGCGGCAAAGGAAAUUUUUGCGUCUGCACCUUCACCAUUUGUAGCAGGAACUAUCGGUGCAAUCGACUGCACCCAUGUUGCAAUUUUGGCUCCCAAAAAUAAUGAAUCAAAUUAUGUCAAUCACCAUGGGUACCAUUCGAUGAACGUGCAAAUGAUAUGUGAUCCAAAUCUUAAGAUUUUAAACGUGAAUGCAAAAUUUCCGGGAGCACGACAUGAUUCGUUUAUUUGGAGCUUCUCUGCAGCGCGUCGGGUCAUGCAGCGAUCAUUUGAAACUGGAAAUCACAACACGUUUUUGAUAGGCGAUUCUGGAUACCCGCUGGAGCCAUGGCUGAUGACACCUUUACCAAACGAGCCAGAAGGAACACCAAAGUUUCGCUACAACGAGGCGCUAUGUAAAGCACGUAACCCGAUCGAGAGACUCUUUGGCGUCCUUAAAGGCACAUGGCGGUGCUUAUCACGGCAAAGAGUACUUUUGUAUGACCCCGGCUUUGCUGGCCGAGUAGUUAACGCGUGCGCAACAUUGCAUAACGUUCGUUUGGGCGAUCAAACAACCGCUUUUGACGAUCGGGUUGUUUAUGAUCCCGAAAUACUAAGCACUAAUGACGAUUCCGCAGCACCUUCUUCAGUAGCAAAACGUGUUCAGCAACGAAUUAUAGCAAAUUUUUUUUUAAAUAUUCGUAUAACUUAAUAUAUGCCGUCAACGAUCGUCUCGAUAGUAGGCCAGCCAUCCACCAAGAGACGCAAAUUUGUUCAAUCCACGUUAACUAACGCCUUUAUUUGUCAUCCGUUUUUUUAUCAUCUUCCUCUGCACAAUGAAAUGGGCAACGCUUUUUGCAUUAUAUGUAAUACAUAUUCAACAAAUCAACAGUAUUUAUUUUUCACGUCCAAUGAACAUACUUGGCGAGCCGUUAAAUGGCACCGCUAAAACUGCGAACUAACCAGCUAAAUUUAUUGAUUUUUAUACCUCAAUGAAAAAGUUCCACACCUGCGCCGGCUUUAGUAGCAAUGUAUGCACGAUUGCUCGUUCAUACGAAAUCGAACCGGUGGACAUUAAAAGGAUUCUUGCAGCAAUUGUUGCCCUCUGUUUCCAAGCAUCAAUACAGCCUAUAUUGCUGAAAAUGUUCCUAAAUCUAUUACAAAACAACCAACCCAACAGCGCCCUUACACUGUCCGGGCGUUUCGCUUUAAACCAAUAAA